ACCCAAGGCCGUAUAAGAGGGACCAUAUUCCAUCAGACGGUAAACCACGGCCAGUCAUGUCAAAUCCAUCGACACAACCAGUGGAGCCACUUGCUGAACCAAAGUGUCAUCAUGAAGGGCUCCUUAACGAGGAAUGGCCGCCGGAGAGGGAGAGCGAUCCCAUCGCCCUGGACGCUCGCUCAGAGAGCGACUUACAGCUGAAUGUGAAGGAAGAGAUCAAAAUGGAAGUCUCUUCACCAAAGGUUGAGCGGUCGUCUUCUCCGUUGUGGGACGACGAUCCCCUGUCGCACGACGCUGAACAGUCCCCAGAGGAGGAGGAAAAAUUCCGGUACCGGUCGCCGUCACCGUCUGAGGACUUCGUCGGCUUCACUGAGGUGGACCGGUACAGGACAUUGGACCCUAUUCCGGAAGGCUCACAGCUGAUGGUAUACGACGGAGGCGACUCGGCCCAGGAGCUGACUGUCCACUCGGAGACGUCUGGGGAGUCUAAAGCAGCUCCUACUGCCGGUCCGUCAUCCUCAGAGUCAGUUUGUGACGUGAGCUGCCAUGAGUGGGACGGAGAAUCUCCUGCUUCAGGACCCCUGAACGUCGUACCCGAUAUCAAGAUGUCACCUGUGGAGCGGCGUGGUCCUGCCGUGGAACGGAGCAGCUGUACCCUGCCGCCCGGCUGGGACAGCUACCUGUCUCCCUGGGAGCAGUCGUGGAUCGGCGGACUGUUCCGCACCACCACCCACGGCGGACGGAGACACGCCGAGCUGCGUGACGGGCUCACCGAGCUCUGGUGUCGGCCACCGGAACCUCCAGCGGUGGCCAGCGAGCCGCCCGCCGACGCCGACCGCUACUAUGGCGUGCCUCUGUUCCUGUGGCUGCCCCGCCGGCUGUGGGGUGCCAGCCUGUUCUGUCCCCAGUGCGGCGCCCUGCUCAACGGGUUCGGCCUGCACAGCCGGCUGAGGAAGGCGCUCGACCUGAGUCUGGGCUACUGGAUAGCCACCGAGUGUCUGACGUGCCCCCAGUGUCGGCCGCAGAAGGUGUACGCCGCCUGGGACCACCGGCUCGUCCGGCAGCUGGACUUGGGCAGGCAGCAACAGUUCCCCGCUGUGCUGAAAAACGACCUCGCGUGCGACAAAGCCAUCAUCAGCCUGUUUCGCUCGACGGGCCCGUGGAGGAACCCGGCCGAGAUACAGAGGAAUAUCUGUGACGGAGUGGGACAGGCGUACCUCACGCGCACUCUGUGUUACCUGAGUCACUGCGACGAGCACUCUGCCGCCCCUGGCGAGACGCAGCGACGGCGGCCGGUCGCGCUGCCACCUCCCCAUCCGGUGGUACCCAGCGCCAAGAGGCUGAUGCGGGUCUACCUUCGUGAAACCCAUGCAAGACAACAGCGAUACCUGGCCACAAUCACCAGUGUAUUCGGUGACGUCCUCAAAAUGGACUCCAGCCGUAAGCUGACCCAGAAGUUCGCCGGAGUGGCAGCGGGGAGCGCGCGUUGGACUACAGUCACCAACGAGUACGACCAAGUUCUGAUGUGCGUCCUCACCCCUGCGGCGGGCGACGGACUGCUGGACAUGGGCCGCAGUCUUGUGAUGCGGUACCGGGACGCGACAAUGGGCCUACCGCGGCUGCUGUAUGUGGACACCGGGUGCUGUGGUGGCUCUGAGAACACGCCCGCGGCGCCGGCGCUCCGCUGGUUCCCCGGCUGGGAGAGCGUGCCAGUGCGGCUCGACGCCGAGCAUUUCAUGCUUCGGAUGGCGGCUGGUGUCACGACCAAAAGGCACCAGCUGUACGGACGCCUGGUGAGCGGACUCGCGGACGCGAUCUUCGAGACCGACCCAGCUGACAUGAAGGCACUCGUGCGGGCCAAACGACACGAACUUCGUGCUAGAGGCCUAGUCAAUGUCACUGACGAGAUGGCGCGGCAGGCGGUGACCGAAGCCGAGCGCCAGCGUCACUGCCGCCGCCGGACCCGCGGUGUGGACGUCACCACCCGCGCCAUCGACGAGCUGCUGCGCCGGCUCUCGGGCCCCGCGGGCACGGAUGGGCCGGACGGCACGGGUAUGCCGCUGCUGGAUCCGACCCGAAUCUGGGCCAUCUGGGAGGAGCAGAAGCGGCACCUGGCCUGUCUACAGGACGUGCCAGGGGUGGCUCUGUACCGCGAAACAAGUCCACUGACCAGGCGCGGCGCCCAGCUCCAGUGCUACUCCUCAGCCCGCGGGACGACUUUCGCCGAGAGCUUCCACAAGCAUCUAGCGAAGUUCAUCCCAGGGAACGCUGCGUUGCGGGACCUGCAUUUCCAGGCCCUCCUGGUCGAGGGCGUGGCGCGGUGGAACACCGAGCACCAUCGGGCGAAGACAGAGCCGGACACCGCGGACAAUGUUCAGCUGCAGUUCCUCGACGACUGGACACGCGCGACUCUGAACGACCUAUCCCUGGCCGCGCUGAACAAAAAGUUUCUGAAGACAAACCACGGCGGACGCGUCUGGUAUAACGGUGAGCUAGUUGGUGUCGCCUACCUGUACAGUCAGACGGGCCGACAGCUCGACAAUUACGUGGAAGGCGAGCUCGACCCCGGUACUCAACACGGCGACCAGGAGGACGACGGGCUGGACGAAGCGUUUGAGGGUACCGAGGGCGCUUAUGAUUACGCGCCCAGCCUAAGCAACAUCCUGGGAAUACCGGAGGCUUCUCUGUGCGCGGCGGGCUUCGCUUCUGGAGCCACCGGAGGUGCCCCCGGAGCCGCCGAGGGCACCGCUUCUGCCGGCGCCGCCGGCUCCCUGGCCGUUGGGACUGGCGCCCGAUCCCCAGCCGGCGCCGUCGGGCCAUGGACCACGGACCAUACCUAUGGUGCCGGACUGGACAGCUGAAGACCCCACGCAGCACGGUGUCCGGUCUCUACCGGCUGCCUCGAGGGCUGCUGGAGCAGUCACCACUACCGGCAGCGCCGCUGUGUCCUCAGCCACUGCCGCCGCCGCCGCCGAUACAGGUGCAGCUGUAUGAGUGUAGCACCCGGACCCCGUGUCCGCCUUCACACAGUGCCGAGCGCUGCCGCGCCUCUCACCCAAGACGGCAAUUCAGACAGUGAGACGCAUCCAAGAGGAACUAUGUCCGCACUUGGGUCGUGAACGACUGUGGCCAGUGUAAACGCCACCUUACCUCUGACUAGACGGGCCACAGAAAAGGGGUAGGCGGUCUUGCAGAAAUGAGGCGAGAAGCGCAUUUGUCUUUCGGUGCGGCCAUGUAAAACUUGUCAACGAGAUCGUAAUUUACGAGUGAAACUUAUUCGUGUGUGUACGUAUGUCAAGAUGUGCCGUUCGUUCUUUGGGCCCCUGUAGGCCAUGCAAAGAUCUCUCAGUUAUCAGGGAGUCGUGGGUCGCUAGGCGAGCGGCUGGGUAAAUAGUUCCGUUCCCUGCACCGCUGAGUGUAAGUGUGUUGGCAUAGGAUUUCCAUUGCUCCACGCCAUCGCCCUGCCGGACAGGAAGCGGGGUAAGUGGCGAGGGGCAUCCGUUCAGACUUGAAAUACAAUGUGAAGUACCGUA